GGGUGGCCCGGGGUCUGCCCUGGUCCUGGUCCUGAUCUGGCCGUCAGAGCCAAGCAGAGGACGCUGGUUUGGGCCCCGGCGGAUGGGACGGUAUCAGCUGAGGGCCGCCAGGACCUCCGCGGAGGGCACUGGGCCGGUGGACGCUCUGGAGCGGUUGCCGGGCAACGGUGCCGCCGGCCCCGCCCCUCUGCGCCGGCCGGGGAGGGGCAUUUGGGGCGAGCCGGUCUCCUGGCUGCAGGUGGGACGCAGGCUCCUUCGCAGUGAAGUGGAUACCGUCGGACGCCUUGGACAUCACCGUGCCCUGGCCUUCUCGUCCCGUCGUGGGUUCGCUGCCCAGCCAUGGCGCGCCCUUAGACCCUGGCCUGGGCGCAGAGGGCUUGGCGCCUGCCCGCGGGAGUUCUGAGCCUGCCUUCUGCCUCUCCUAACCUUGGGGAUUCUGGUUCACAAUGGCUGACUAUCAAGAGGAAGACUUGCAGAAAUUUCUUAAAAAUGUAGACGAAAUCACCAAUUUAAUUCAGGAGAUGAAUUCUGAUGACCCAGUCGUACGAGAGAAAGCUGUCCUCGAGACAGAAAAGAGACUGCAGUUUACAGAGGAAGACCAAGAGGAGGACGAGUGCAGGACCACCGUGAACAAGACCAUGAUCAGUCCUCCACAAGCUCCCACAAAGAACACAGAUGAAGUAAACACAGAGGGCUUCUUGGCAUCUAUGGAGAAGGAUGCAAAAGAACGUGCCAAAAGAAGAAGGGAAAACAAAGUCUUAGCAGAUGCCCUAAAAGAAAAGGGGAAUGAAGCAUUUGUCAAAGGUGAUUAUGAAACAGCCAUCCUGUGCUACAGUGAGGGUUUGGAGAAGCUGAAGGACGUGAAAGUACUGUACACCAACCGAGCCCAGGCUUAUAUCAAACUUGGGGACUACCGGAAGGCACUGGUGGAUUGUGAGUGGGCUCUGAAGUGUGAUGAAAAAUGCACAAAAGCAUAUUUCCACAUGGGAAAAGCCCACCUGGCCCUAAAGAACUACAGUGUGUCUAGAGAGUGUUAUCAGAAGAUCUUAGAAAUAAACCCCCAGCUGCAGAAACAGGUGAAAGAUUACCUGAAUCAGGUAGAUCUUCGGGAGAAAGCAGACCUUCAAGAGAAGGAAGCCCAGGAAGCACUGGAUUCAGGAACUAACACAGCCGUGACGACCAAGAAUCUUCUGGAGAUUCUUUCCAAACCUGAUCAGAUCCCCUCGUUCUAUGCAGGGGGAAUUGAAAUCUUGACUGACAUGAUGAAAGACUGCACGGAACGAACUUUAUUCAGAACACACGAUGGAUUCAGUAUCAUCGGUGAGAAUGAGGUCAUAAGAAGGUGCUUUUCCACAGCAGGAAAAGAUGCAGUGGAAGAGACAGUAUGCAUGUCUGUUCUCAGGCUCUGGCAAGCGGUGUGCAGUGAGAACGAGGAGAACCAACGUCUACUUGUGCUGCGCCCCGACACGGGCCAGCUGCUGCCCUCCCUCUUGGCCUCCAGGGUCCCAAACAUCCGGCAGCAGACCCUGGCCCUGCUGCUGCAGCUCGCCCAGACGGAGAAUGGACGGAGCCUGAUCAUGGGGCACCUUGACCUGACCAGGUUGUUGGAAGCCCUCGUGUCGUUUCUUGAUUUCUCAGAUAAAAAGGCCAACUCAGCCAUGGGACUGCUCACAGACUUGGCUCUGGAAGAAAGAUUCCAAGUCUGGUUCCAGGCCAGCCUUCCGGAUGUUCUCCUGGCACUGACGGGCGUGCUGAAGAGAGAUCCCAAGGUCACCAACACCUCAGCUCUCUGCCAGUGUAUUGCCAUUAUGGGAAACCUCAGCGCUGAGGCUGCCACCCGAAGACAGAUGUCUGCCUCUGAAGAAUUCAGGGAUGCCUGCUUGGGCCUCAUGGCCAAGUGUGAGGAGGAUGUGGACCUGUUCAGAGAGGUCAUGUAUACCCUCCUGGGACUCAUGAUGAACUUGUGUCUUCAGUCCCCCUGUGUCUCUGAGGUUUGGGCCAUGGAGGUGAGCAGGAAGUGCCUGUCUCUACUGAACAGCCAGGACGGAGGAAUCCUCACAAGAGCUGCUGGCAUUCUUAGCCGCACCCUUUCUUCCUCUCUGAAAAUUGUUGAGGAGGCCCUCAGAGCAGGAGUGGUGAAGAAAAUGAUUAAAUUCCUGAAGGCAGGAGGCCAGACUGCGUCACGUUAUGCGGUAAAGAUACUCGCCAUCUGCACUAAUAGUUAUCACGAAGCGCGAGGAGAGCUGAUAAGACUGGAUAAAAAGCUCGGUGUCCUGAUGCAGCUGCUGGGCUCGGAGGAUGAGAUUCUGGUGGGCAACGCCACCCUCUGCCUGGGGAACUGCAUGGAGGUGCCACACGUGGCCUCAUCCCUGCUGACCACGGACAUCGUGCCGGUGUUGCUGAAGCUCGCGGGCGGCGACGCGCAGAAGACGGCUGUGCAGCUGAACGCGGGCAUCGCCCUGGGGAAGCUGUGCACGGCCGAGCCCAGAAAGCAAAGCACAUCAGCUAGGAUGGGCUCGCUGUGGCAACCUGCUGGGGAGCUCUUGAGAGCAGGUCCCGCAGGUGCCUGUCACAUCUGCCACUCACAUGGCGAGUGUUGCCGUGUUUUGUGGGCCUCCUGAGGGUCUCCCCGCUUUGAUCUUUAGGGCUCCCCAGGGCAGCAGCAGCUGCCCUGUCCUGCCUUCCCAGCCGGCUUCUGCCUGAGGGGGGGAUGCCUCUGGGGGCCAGGUGUCUGCACCCUGGCAUUUAUGUCCUGGAGUUUGUGUUCUGAUUAUGACAGGUUUGCUGCUCUACUGAGAGAGCUUCACGGGAUGGAGAUUCUCCACUCUACCAUGAAGUACAUGGACAAUUCUUGAGAGACAUGGCGUCCCUGUGAGCUCUGGCUCGUUCCUGUGCCAAUAAAGACUUUCUGAAUAUCCA